CUCAAAUUUCUUCCCGACAUGACGGGAAUGAAUUCCAAGUUCAGGAUGUUGCAAAGAAAGAUCGAUAGCAUUCUUGAUAGCAUCCUCGAUGAUCGUGAGAUCAUGAGAAGAGAACAAUCCUUGAGAAGCAAGGAUGAUACAUGCGGAAGAGAAGAUAUACUUGACGUGCUCUUAAGACUCCGGGAGACCAAUGAGCUUGGCUUGAAUCUGACAACCAGGAAGAUUAAAGGCAUCAUUAUGGACUUAUUUGUUGCCGGGAGCAUCACCACGUCGACACUUAUUGAAUGGGCAAUGUCAGAAUUAAUCCGAAAUCCGAAAGUGAUGGCCAAGGCCCAAGCCGAGGUGAGAGCAGUCCUAAAAGAAAAGGGUUGCUUAGAAGAAUCAGAACUCAAUAAACUCAAGUAUUUGCUUUCAAUAAUUAAAGAAUCUUUUAGGCUCCACCCUCCUGUUCCUUUGAUCCCCAGAGAAGCAACUGAAGAACGUGAAAUCAACGGAUACAAAGUUCCGGCGAGCUCAAGAAUCCUUACUAAUGUAAUGGCGAUAGGAAGAGAUCCGCAUCAUUGGACAGAUCCUGAGAAGUUUAAACCAGAGAGGUUUCUCGAAUCUACAAUGGAUUUUAUAGGGACAAACUUUGAGCUUCUCCCAUUUGGAUCCGGAAGGAGGGCAUGUCCUGGCAUUGCAUUAGCCAAUGCAAACAUCGAAGUUACAUUAGCAUCAUUGCUAUAUCAUUUCGACUGGAAAUUGCCAAAUGGAGAAGCCAUGGAAAAACUUGACAUGACCGAAGCUUUUGCAGGAACAGUCACGAGGAUGAACAGUUUAAAUGUGAUUGCCAUUCCCUAUAUUCCCACUGUUGCAGCUUGAAAAGAAUAUGUUGCAGUAAAGAAAGCAGUGUGAAGUUA